AUGAAUAAAGCUGGAACUUUCAUUGCUAUUUUAUUUGUUCUCGUUUCACUCGGAAUAUUGGCAUUAAGUUUUGUAGGAAACACCAAAAGUAUUCCACCACAAGAUAAUGGAACUCACACCGGAUAUCCCGUUUGGCAUCCUCCUUUACCAGGAUACAAUGAACAAGUACAAGAUGCUACGAUUCUUUUCUCGGCAAUAAUGUUGACGAUUUCAGGAUAUUUUGCAUAUAAAUGGACCAUAUUUAACACGCAAAAGAAUGCAAAAGUAUUAACAUAUUUCGUUGAUAGAGAAUCAAUCAAAACUUCGACUAUUACGUUUGACCGUUUAUUGGCCGUUUAUUCAUUCGUUACAGCUUUAGCAGGAAUUUUAUAUUUUGCAGUUGAUGUUGGUAAAAUGUGGGCAAUCAUAGGAAUAUUCCAUAAUGUAGUCGAAGUUUGUAUUCUAGUUACCUUGCAUCAAGGAGGAAGAAUCACUUCGAACUCAUUUGUAAUUUGGAUAACUUUAUAUGUGUUACUUGCUGUAAGUUUGAGCAUCUUUUUAGAAUGGCCUUUUGAUGCUCUUUGGUUUAAAGUACAAGGACUUUGUUCGGAUUAUGCAUUAGUCAUUCAAUUUACGCGUAUGUAUUUUAAUACACGUAAAGGUUAUGGUGAUGAAACUUAUCAACGACUCCUCGAUAUAGAAAAUCCAAGACAAAAUCACACCAAUAGAGAAAGUAUUUCUUCAGAAAUUGAAGAAAUCGAUCAAACAUACCAAAUCAAUGAUGAUUUUGGUUCCAUUGGAUAUUUCCGUCCUCAAUAUGUCUUAUUUUUAGUUUUAGCUUCACUCACUCAUCUCUUUGGAAAUGAUCUGACCACAAUUUUGGUUUAUGAAUUCGAUUCUUAUGUUAUCUUUUCUUUUACCUAUAGUGUUGCUUUCCCUGCUUACGCUUAUUUUGUUUAUUUGGAUACUCAUACUGUUGCUGUUUCUCCUGCUCAGAAAUAUAUUAUAUUACCUGAUACCAGUAUCUUAAAAGUUAUUCUUGUAACUUUAUCUACUAUUUUCCUUUCCCUUUUAACCGCUAGAAUAGGUUUAAUUGUUCAGUAA